AUGCUCACACAACUCAGCAACAUCGGACAGCCGGGCAUUUGGCUGUUUAGGAUAGAUGAGCCAUCCAUUCAACCAUGUCCAUUGGAAGGACAGCAGCCACCGUACUGCCAGAAGAAGAUACGACCAUCCGAUAGGAUAUUACCACCAAGGCCGACUCAACAAUCCCGUGGUCCGGUAUCCUCACCUCUACCUACCUCUCGCUUCGACGGCACCUCAGCACUUUCCAUCCCCAUCGAUGCUCCUCGUAUCAUCCAACCACAACUCGUUACUCCACAAUCCGCAAGGCACAAUAUACACGUUGCUGCACAAACUGAGGUACCGUCCACAGCGGCUCCGACCUUCUCAGGCCUUUCUUCUACUGCGCCGUCGAAAACCACUCGCCCACGUCCUCGAUACGAGAGUACGCCUCAUCGGCCUAUCGUUUCUCUCGGUGAUCGCGAUUUCGAAGAGCUCGACCCAGAUGUAUUCGAAAUUACCUUCCCACCGUUUGUCACGGUCAUUCCUGAGGUGUUCACACCCAAAGAAAAGCCCAAGCAACUGCCAGAUUUCACUAUUCAGGAAACAUCCACAACUACCUCAACCCCUCAGAUCUCUACAACGGAGUCGACAUUCCCCACAUUCAAACUAGCUGAUGCUGAGGAAACCCUUGUCACGGUGUCCCUUGAUAAUUCACAACCAGAGUUCACUAUCAGAAAUGCAUCAUCUGCACCUUCAUCUACUGACGCGCCCUCAGGAAAGGAGGCAGAGACCGAGGCGAAAGGAGAAACCCAAACUCCUGAUGGGAAUGUCCCUGAAGAGGAGCAACAGAAUUCAACUGAGCUACAGCCCAUCACAGAAAAGACAUCAGAAUCUCCUACCAGCCCAACGACGACCACCCAGCGCCCUACUACAACGCCGUCAACCACCGCUGCCCAUAUAUUCGUCUUCACCACAACACGAGCGACAACGAGAGCAUUGCCGAAGCGGCCACAGAUCGUGACAGCCGGCACAACGACAACGUUGGAGCCAGAGGAAGAUCGAGAGGCCGCUGCCAGCAAAAUGGCUAUCAUCAUUCCGAGCGUUAUCGUUGUUGUGUGGAUUCUGCUGCUCAUCGCGAUUGCGCUGUUCGUGUGCUGCCGAAGAAGGCAAGCGUCUUCGUCAGCACGACUACGCCCAUAUGGCCCGGUUUACUCUGUCCAGCCGACGUCAUAUGCCUUGAAGCGGAAUGGGAAGCAUGUAGAAGGUUCUUAUGAGGAUCACUUAGAAAAGGCUGCUCGAAUGAGCAGCGAGAUGUCUGCCUAUAAUCAGACAAUAACCAGAACUCCUUGA